AUGAUAUCUAAAGACUGCAGCCGCAGAUUUGCUUCCAUUCUGAGUCAACUGUUGACCGCGCGGAAAAGGCCCCCGGGGAGCCGUUCCCAGUCCGUCCCCCGGCCGGCACGCGACGACCCGCUCUCGCCACGUGAGCAGCUAGAGCGGGUUGCCGAGAGCCGGCGAGUUCGGGGUUGGGACCCGCGCCCAACCCUCAGAGCUAAUUUUUUUCCGGAGGUUACGGAUUCAUUUUGCGGACUUCCCAAGUACUAA